AUGUUCAACACUACACCGAUUAAUAUUGACAAAUGGUUGAAGGAAAAUGAAGAUCUUUUGAAACCGCCAGUGAAUAAUUACUGCCUACAUAGAGGGGGGUUCACUGUGAUGAUUGUCGGCGGGCCCAAUGAAAGAACUGACUAUCACAUUAAUCCAACCCCUGAAUGGUUCUAUCAAAAAAAAGGUUCUAUGCUUUUGAAGGUUGUGGAUGAGACUGACGCCGAACCAAAGUUCAUUGAUAUUACCAUCAAUGAGGGAGAUUCGUAUCUAUUGCCAGGAAAUGUCCCUCAUAGUCCAGUUCGGUUUGCUAAUACUGUUGGGAUUGUUGUGGAGCAGGAUAGACCUGGUGGAGAAAAUGAUAAGAUAAGAUGGUAUUGUUCACACUGUCGUCAAGUGGUUCAUGAAAGCGAACUUCAAAUGUUAGAUUUAGGUACCCAGGUGAAAGAAGCCAUUUUAGAUUUCGAAAAUGACGUUGAGAAAAGAACGUGUUUUCAUUGCAAGACAUUGAACUACGCACGCCCCCAGUCUCAUUAA